UUUGGGCCUUUUCUCAUUUUUUUACUUAACUAGUCUAGUGUUUGAAUAUUUCUUUUAAUUAAACUGCAGGGAAGAGCGUUGUGGAGAUGGAUAUUGUUGCUUCUUCAAAUGGAAUUCCAAUUCAUUGUCAACGGGACAUAAUGAUGGAGAUCCUCAGCCGGUUUCCCGUGCCUUCUCUUUUUCGAUCCAAAUGUGUUUCAAAAUCUUGGGAUAAUAUAACCUCCGACCCUUACUUUAAGAUGAAGCAUCAAAGUCGUCAUGCAUUACAUAAUUCCCUUAAAUUUCUUUUUGUCCAUCACGACUUCAAUAAGACACAUAGUUUAAACUUUUAUUAUUCUUCUUCUUUAUCAUCCUUUGAGGAUGUACAAAAAGUUGAUAUCCGUUCAAACAUUGCACCAUUUCGUUGCACAAUGUUUGCUUCUUGUGAUGGGUUGGUUCUUAUUGGAUUUGCAAAUAAAUUUCUUGAUCAGCUUAUGCUGUGGAACCCCUCCACAAGAGAAUCAAUACAACUUCCCUUCCAGAAUUUAGAAUUUUGGAUUCUAUUUUCGGAUUGGCAUACGAUGAAGCUUGUGAUGACUAUAAGAUACUUAAAGUUCACCGGUUCAAAGAGCGACACCCUGAGAAACCAACCAGUGAAAUUCUCGCGCUAAAAAGUGGUUCUUGGAAAAAAGUCUGUACCCGUUCAAGAAUCAUUUGCCCUUGGACAGAUAGCCUUGGUCGUAUGGAUCCUUUGGUAUUUGUUCAUGGAGCAUUUCAUUGGGUUGUUAGAUGGCCAUGUCCUUUUGUGGUUUCAUUAAGUAUUUCGACUGAGGUAUAUGGAAAGAUACCGUUGCUACGGAAAAAAUGUACGAGUGCGAUUUUAUUUCCCACUCUUCCAGGGAAUAUGUAACUUCCCACUCUUCCAGGGAAUAUGGCGUUACAGUAUUGGAAGGAAUGCUUUGCUUUUCUUCCACUUGUAAAUUUCAUGAGGAGGGUACUUUUAAGUUAUGGGCAAUGAAAGAAUAUGGUGUCAAGGAAUCUUGGACUGAAUUAUUUAACAUAAAUGUUCUGGUCUUUAUGUAGCCAAACCUAGAUAUAGGUUUGCAGAUGGUGAUGUACUACUCCGCUGCCGCAUAAAUGGAUGUGAGACAUUAAGGACAUCCAAAGGACCAUUUAGAUUAUGGUCCAAGUCACUCUCAACACCAGGUGACAGGGUUGAAGUAAUUAGUUUCAAGGAGAGCUUGAUCUCUCCAAAAUUACUUACUACUAUAUAAUAUUUGGCUAUGUAUGAUUGAGACCUUUUUCCCCCCUUCUGUUGAUCAUGUAACAAACUAUUGGUCUUAUAAAGUUUAUUUAGCUAUUGCUUGUCAA